AUGAAGUUCUCCAUCUUUGCCAGCCUUGCCGUCGCAGUCACCACUGUACUUGCUGUCGCAGUCACCGACGAGGAAGCAAUAAUCGCUCGGGCUCGCGAGCAAGAUGUAGCUGGAUCCAUCGACCUCCUCAAACGUGCCUGCAAUUACAAUACUCCAUGCAAAGGAACCAACUGGUCCAAAGGCCUCCACUGUGGUGAUGGUGCAUAUGGAUGUGUCAAAGGACAUGUACUGUCAGACCCCCCUUAG